CGAGGCUGCCGAGUCCAUCAUGAGGAAUAAGCGGAGGAAGAACCUGCCUCCGAUUCCCAAGAAUCUGGCAGAAAUGAAGGAAGCUCUCGACAAUGGACAUCUGUUUGAAGACAUCUACCAAGGUUUCGUCGAAUUCGAAGAUGGGAAGGUCGGAUUCAUUUUUGCAGACCCAAAACUUCUCGCUCUCGUUGAAAAGACUCAAGAACUCUUCGUCGAUGCCACCUUUAAAACACGGCCUCACCACGAUAUCUUUUCUCAACUGUUGAACAUCAUUGUCAUCUACAAAGAUUACUCUGUCGCGGUGAUGCAUGUCUUAAUAACAUGCAAGGAGCAAGCACUCUACGGCCAGAUCAUGGAGCGGUUCAAAGCUUUGGUUGGAUCGGACUUCAAGCCAAAAAGUGUGAUGUCGGACUACGAACGGGCGAUCCUGAACACCAUGCAAACUGCCUUUCCGGAAUCGAGAGUGUCUGGAUGCAGAUUUCACUUCAGCCAAGCAGGAAUCUGAUGCUCAAACACAUGGCCCUAAGCACUCUACCGGCGAACCAAAUGGUACCGGUAUUCCAACAGCUGAAGCAAGAAGUGCUCCACUUACAACCACUCAGGCUCCGGAAGCAAGUCCAGAUAAUGCACAGGAAUUACUUCUUAAAGUGGUGGUUCCAAGGCAUCGGGCCCCAGCUGAUCUCUACGUACGGUCUUGCACAUAAGAACAACAACGUCUGCGAA